UAUUUGAAAGAACCCGGAAUUUCAUUCCAUUCUUUUCAUUUGUUUCUAAAACCCUGUAGAACUGCCUAGGAUUGUGACCUGUGAUGCCCAGGAACUCUGUUCUGUUAGUUGAACUCCAUCCUGAAUUGUGGGAAAACUGGGUUUCUGUCCUGUCAACAUUGUGGCUGAUGAAGCCUUUGUUUUCUGCUUGUCUUUUCCCCAAGGAGAUGAUAGAAAGUGACAUCUCAUCCAUAAUGUCAGGAAUUAUUCGAAACUCAGGGCCAAAUCACUACCCAGCUCCACAGGAAUACAGGUACUGCCCAUGGGAUUCACCCACUGCCAGAGAUUUGACUCCAUGUUGGUGUUCAAGAACCUCGUUUUUAAAAGCCCCCUCCAACCACUCAGGGGCUUUGAAGGAUGUCUCUCCUGAGAAACCUGCCAGCAGGGAGUCACCUCCAUUCCGCCAGUGUCCAGCAGAGCAGUGGAGGCAAUGGGGAGCUACACCAGGGCUCCUGCCUUCCACCAGUGAUGAUGAACUCCCUGGGGACCUGCAGUCCCUGUCAUGGCUCACAGCUGUGGACGUGCCUCGGCUGCAGCAGAUGGCGAGUGGCCGCAUGAACUCCGGAAGCCAUGGCGUACCACAUCCACACCCAGGUGCCCUGCCUGGGUCAGCUGGCCUGCAUAUGGGAGCUGCCCCAGGGCCCCUGCUCCACAGCCCAGCUGCCAUGGCGCCCCGAGGCAUGCUGGGUCUGGGCCCCAUGACUAGCCACAGGGGCAGUCAGAUGAGCCAGUUCCCAGUCAGGGGCCAGCCAUCAUCCAGCCUGCGGGAUGUACCACAGCUCUACUCCCCUGCCAUCCAAGCACAGUUCCCACUGCCCUCUGGGGUCCAGCAGUGUCCUUCUAUGGGCCUCUACAGCUCCUCGUUUGGGGCACGGCCUUCCUAUCCCCAGGCCCACAUGGCAGUGCAUUCGUCUCAGGAACUGCAUCCCAAACACUACCCCAAGCCCAUCUAUUCCUACAGCUGUCUAAUCGCCAUGGCCCUGAAGAACAGCAAGACAGGAAGCCUGCCUGUGAGUGAGAUCUACAGCUUUAUGAAGGAGCACUUCCCUUACUUCAAGACGGCUCCCGACGGUUGGAAGAACUCCGUGCGGCACAACCUGUCCCUCAACAAGUGCUUUGAGAAGGUGGAGAACAAGAUGAGCGGCUCCUCACGAAAGGGCUGCCUCUGGGCCUUAAACCUGGCCCGCAUUGAUAAAAUGGAGGAGGAGAUGCACAAGUGGAAGAGGAAGGACCUGGCCGCCAUUCACCGGAGCAUGGCCAAUCCGGAGGAGCUGGACAAGCUGAUCUCGGACCGGCCAGAAAGCUGCCGGCGCCCUGGCAAACCAGGGGAACCCAAGGCCCCUGUGCUGACUCAUGGCACCUCAGUGGCCGUGGCCCACAGCUGCCUGCCUGUCUCCCAGCUCCCACCACAGGCACUGAUGACCCUGUCCCUGCAGUCCGUUCCCCUGCACCACCAGGUCCAGCCCCAGGCACAUCUGACCCCAGACUCCCCGGCGCCAGCCCAGACCCCACCUCUGCAUGCCUUGCCAGACAUGAGCUGCAGCCCCAUCUCCCAGCCUGCCUCGGGCAGGGCCCCAAUGGACUUCAUCAACAUCAGCACUGACAUGAGCACUGAGGUGGAUGCCCUGGACCCCAGCAUCAUGGACUUCGCUCUGCAGGGGAACCUCUGGGAAGAGAUGAAGGACGAGGGCUUCAGCCUGGACACACUGGGGGCCUUUGGAGACUCCCCUCUUGGCUGUGAUCUGGGGGCCUCGGGCCUGACCCCUGUCUCUGGCAGCAGCGAGCAGCCCUUUCCAGAUGUGCAGGUGACUGGUCUGUAUGCUGCAUACUCUGCCCCGGACAGUGUGGCCUCGUCGGGAGCCACCUCCUCCUCCCAGUACCUGGGCACCCCAGGGAACAAGCCCAUAGCCCUACUUUGAGCUGAAGGACUCACCUGCCCCCAGACCUCUCCUGUAGCAGGCUUGGGCAUGAAGGACCCUCCUGGGUGUUUCUGGAAGAAAGGCCCCUUGCCCUCCCACAGGCCUCUCCUGAACAUUUGGUGAGGCUGCAGGCUGGUCAGGGAAGCAGGUCCUCUCAGCCAGGUUAUGCUCUCUGGGUUCCUACUGGGAGCUUCUGGGGCCCCUCCCAUGUUUGAAGGACCAAAGAGAGUCCAGCUCAGCAUGUCCCUUGCCUCCAGGACCUGAGAGGCAAGGAAGGCCUGGACAUGCUGAGGACAGGCCAACUCCAGCCGGGCUCCUGGCUGGCCCCCUCUGUGACCUGCAGCACUUAGGCACAGCAUGGAAACACUCAGUGGGAAGGCCCUUUACUUACUCUGGGUGUGUGUGUGGAGUGCUGAGCUGGCUGAAACCUCUCCCUCAGUGUCAGAGGAUGGGCUCAAGGCUGGGAGAGGGGCUGGCAACCCGUGGGACUUCUCCUGGACUGACCCUGCAAUGAUUCCUGCUGAGGCAGCUCCAGCCCCAUACUCCAGCCCCUAUAGUAUGAUAGGAUUUCAUAGCGCAGCCUCCUGGGCCAUGCCAGGCACUAAGACCACGUGUAAAUUUAUUUAUAUUUAUUGUGAUCCAUUUUGUUCCCCUGUGAACCCAGCCCGAGUAUGAGACUCCUCCAUCCCUCCACAUGUCCCAGCAAUCCUGUCCUAAAUUAUCAGUAAAUCACAUCUCUCACUGGUUCACCACUGCUUGGCAGCCUUGGGCUUCUUUUUAGAACAACCAGGCACUUUUGAGACCUGUGAAGCAUUCUAUUUUUAAUACUAGAGACCAGAGAUAUUUUUCUAACUGUCUAGUCAUGAUUCAGAUUACUUCCUAUGGGCACCUAAGAAGGAAGUCGCCAUGAUCUGGGGCUUGGGGACUUCCUAAAGGCCAAUGGGGCUGAGAAUGGGAGAAACAGGGCAGGGCACUUUUGGAACGGGGCCUUAGGACACCCCUAACCACUGGGAAGGAAAGUUGGUGGACUGGGAACCAUGAGCAGCUGGCCCACAUAGUGAGUGCAGUGCAAAAUAUUCAUUGGGACUUGUUGGCCUAUUUCUUUGGCUUGUGCCUGUUUUUACAUUUCUUCUUUUUGCCAAUGACUGAUUUUUCAAGUGGCAGGUUCUUGGGGGCCCUUGGAUAGUGGAGACAGUGGUGAGCUGCUGGGCACAGCUUUCCCAUUGGAGGCAGAAGCUGCUGCUCCCACAGCCAGGGCACCAACCUCCUCUCUCUGCCACCUGAUGUUUGGCUCUUGUGUCUAGGCUUCCCAAACCUAGAGCCAGGAUGCUCCGCCGAAUCACCAGGCCAGCCAGGUGACCUAUCUGUGAGGCUGACCUUAAGCCCUGGCUCGAAGGCCCAUCAUUAAGUCCAUUCAAGUUCUGGAACCUUCUGCUGAGUGUCAUGAUCUUUAGACAUAGCCCAGCAUGUCUGUCUGACCAGUACUGCUCAGCUACUUUGUGUACCAUGACCCCCAUAAGUUGUUUAAAUUGUUGUUAAUGAAGAGCCCGUGUUCAGGCAGCACCAAGGCUCUGUAGGUGUAGAACUGGAUGACUAAGUGUCUUCUGUCAAUAAAGGCUGAACGGCAGCUCUGUGGCUUGUGGUGAGCGGGGAAGGCAGCUGUGGGAAAAGGACACCACUCUUACCACUAAUGCCCAGUUUUCUGAUACCGGGUUCCCACUGGGAUGGGGGCUGGGAGU